CUUGCCGCAGCAAGCAGUCAGUUCGUCGUCGCUUGCCUUUCAUUGUGCACACACCCGUUUUCGUCGCUCCAUACGUCGUGUAUUCGCCGUCGCCGUCGCCUUUGCCGUUAAAAAAGCGUUUUUCCUCACAUUCGUUUGGUAACAGGAAAAUUGUGUACUUAACGACAAGUAGUUGUAAAGAAAAACUUCUCAAGAUUAGUCGAACGCGUUAUAGAGUGUGAACUCAGGGACGAAUGUGUUAAAUGCAAUAAAACAGAAGAACAGUAGUGAAACGGCUGUUAAACGAUAACUAAAGAUUACAAACAAAAACGAAUUAUAAACAAAAACAAGUGCAACAAAAGAUUUAGAUAAGAAUUAGAAAAAUAUUUUUCACGAAAGAUGUGCUGAUUUUCGAGGAACCAAGUGAUACAUUAGCGUUAUUUCAAGCCCCAAAAACACGCCAACUUCUUAUCGGGCAUCAGCUUUAAGCGCUAAAAAAUCAAAAUUAAUUUUCCUCACUCAUCAUACGCCCAGGCUGCCAAAAUGCUUGUUGGCUCACAUCCGUAUCUGUGCAAUGGCGUACUGCCGCCCACGGUGUCUAAUACCGCUGCAGCUGCUGCUGCCGCCGCCGCGGCUGUAGCCAAUUCGAAUGCCAACAAUUCAAAUCAGAUCCAAACCACAGCGGGCAGUAAAAAUGCCGCCGGCUCAGCAACAGACUUCUCAAUAGCUGCGAUAAUGGCCAGAGAAGAUGCCUCAAGUAGAGAAUCGUCCGUGCGAAGUGCGAGUCCCAUCUCCGUUGAAGAUGAGGUGGAUGUUGAUGUAGUCGAUUGCAGCGACUCGGAGGAGCCACCACCGGCCAAAGUGCGCCGCCUACAUCACAACAAUAGUCAUCAUCACAGCCACAACAAUAACAACAACAGCAAUAGUCACAAUCACAAUAACAGUAGCUCGUCGCAAAAUCAUCUGAACAGCAGUACAACCAGCAGUCAGGGGCGCUCUACGCCGCCGCAAUCACCCGGCACCGACACCGAAGAGCGCCUCACACCUGAACCGGUGCAAAAGACGCCGAAAAUUGUGGGCUCCUGCAAUUGUGACGAACUAAAGCCGGUGCAAUGCCAUUUGGAGACAAAAGAAUUGUGGGAUCGCUUUCAUGAGCUGGGCACCGAGAUGAUUAUCACCAAAACGGGCAGGCGCAUGUUUCCCACUGUACGCGUUAGUUUCUCCGGCCCGUUGCGGCAGAUACAACCUGCCGAUCGUUACGCGGUGCUACUCGAUAUCAUACCGAUGGACUCGAAGCGUUAUCGCUAUGCGUAUCAUCGCUCGGCUUGGCUAGUCGCCGGCAAGGCUGAUCCCGCACCGCCAGCUCGUCUCUAUGCGCAUCCGGAUAGUCCAUUCAGCUGUGAAGCGUUGCGCAAACAGGUUAUCUCCUUCGAGAAGGUGAAACUAACUAAUAAUGAAAUGGAUAAGAAUGGACAGAUUGUUUUGAACUCAAUGCACCGCUACCAGCCGCGCAUUCAUCUGGUGCGCCUCAGCCAUGGCCAAAGCAUACCCACAAACCCCAAAGAACUGCAGGAACUCGACCAUAAAACCUACGUUUUUCCCGAGACCGUUUUCACCGCCGUCACCGCAUACCAAAAUCAACUCAUUACCAAACUCAAAAUCGACUCGAAUCCCUUCGCCAAAGGUUUCCGCGAUUCGUCCCGUCUCACCGACUUCGAUCGCGAUCCCAUGGAGGCACUGCUGCUUGAGCAACAACUCCGUUCACCGCUGCGUCUCUUUCCCGACCCCCUGAUGCAACAAUUCGCCGCACAGCAAGGCGUCGAUCCCACCUCAAUGGCCAUUUUCGAAAAGGCACGUCAACAUCUGCAAAUGUUCGGCGGCAAUUCGCCCUAUGCUCAGCUGAUGAUGCCGCAAAUGUAUGCACAGCAGGCGCCACCACCGCCUAGCCUCGGUGCAUUCCACAUGUUCCAGCAGCAAUGGCCGCAGUUGACGGCCGGCUUUCUGGCCAGUGCUAAUCAGCAAGCGGCCGCCGCACAGGCAGCCGCUGUCCAGGCGCAAGCCCAAGCCCAAGCACAAGCGCAGGCUCAGGCACAGGCGGCUGCAGUAGCGGCGGUGGCGGCCGCCAAUCGCACACCACCACCACCGCCUACCGCAUCAACACCAUCAUCCACGUCGUCGGGCGGCUCACCAUCGCCCGAUAUGCGGCCGCGCCAGUUUCAACGCUUCAGCCCCUACCAAGUGCCGCAGCAACAACAGACGUUGACGGCGCCACCGCAGACACGUAGCCCACACAACUAAGCGGAUAAAUGUGGGGUAGGUAUGUUGUUGCUGUUGCUGUUGAUGAUGAUAGAGCCAAAAUCAGUAUUAAAGGGAAAAUCAUGGUUCAAGCAGAAAGUUUUGUAAAUUAAUGUAGAAGAAAAUUAAAUUAUUGUACUGUAAUUUAUAAUAAAAAUUGUUUAAGUAGUUAAUUAGAAUUGAGAAAUUCGCUUUUUGUUGCUUUUGUUAGAGAAUAACAGUGAAACUGAUUCUAACGCGCUGAUAAUUCGUUAAAAAAUCGGCGAAAAUUGGUUUCUUUUGCAAGCAAAUUCAGGCAGAGAACCAGAAUCAGUUCUGUUAGUUGAGCUUUUGUAAAUUUUGUUUCGAAAUCAUAUCAAACUUGCGCAAAUAUUUUCAAACUCUAAUAGUUGGACGUGAUAACUUGUAAAUUAUAAUUUUAUUCUUAUUUUUUAAGCUAUUGUAAAUUUACGUAUAAUAAAAUCUGUUGUUUGUUCAAAAUCGUAUCUCAGUGUGUUUUAGAAUUGUGAACGCUGAUCUGCGUCAGGUAAGGCGCGUUUUAGCUUUUCUAUUAGUCGUAAUCAAGCAAAUAUUUAAAAAAUGUAAAACUGCUUUACAGCUGCUAAACGGUAUUGUAACUACUACAAAUAUAAA